AUGUUACCUAUAGCUGCUCUUGCGACUGCAAUCUUUUUAUUAACCACCUCAACUAAUGCAUUGUUGGUUCCUGGUUUCGAGACUUUAUUAAGUUUCAGCAGAUUCCUCAACUUUAACAAGAACCUAGUUGUCGUCUCAAAAGAAGAACAAGAAGAUCCCACAUUUGAUGAGUACAAGACCAAUUUGAUAACAAACAAGUUCAACAAAGUUGUUCCCGACCAUUACAUCAUUGUGUUGAAAGACGACUUGUCUCAAAGUCAACUUGUGCAACACACCGAAUGGUUACAGGAAGAGUAUGCUGCUAUGAUGCAAGUAGCUAGCAAGAAACGCGAGAUUCAGUUGAUGAAACCUUUGGAUUUCUUUAAAAUUGAUAAUUUUGUUAAUGGUUACAUGGGCUUUUUCACUCAAGAAUUGAUUGACCAAGUCAUGAGCAACCCUCAUGUCAAGUUUAUUGAAAAGGACUCCAUUUUCAAAACCAAUGAGUUUGACGUGCAGAAAGAUGCUCCUUGGGGGAUCUCUAGAAUAAGUCAUCGUGAAAACACUGGUGACAGGAAGUACUUGUUUGACAACGAUGGUGGCAAGGGCGUUACCGCGUAUGUCAUUGAUACUGGUAUCAAAGUUGAACACGAAGAAUUUGAAGGUAGAGCUUCUUGGGGCGAUGCCAUUGCGUUCCCCAAAUUGAGAAUCGAUGGCCACGGACACGGUACUCACUGUGCUGGUAUUAUUGGCUCAAAAACCUAUGGUGUUGCCAAAAAUGUCCAGUUGGUUGCCGUGGGGGUCAUGAACUUGCUCGGUUCAGGUACGACCUCGGAUAUCAUCAAGGGAGUUGAGUUUGUUGUCAAUAAGCACCAACAAGACGUCAAGACCAAGAAAGCCGGUUUCAAAGGUUCUGUGGUUAACAUGUCGAUUGGCGGCGGUAUUUCUGAAGCAUUGGACUUGGCUGUCAAUGCUGCUGUUAAAGCAGGUUUGCAUGUUUCAGUUGCCGCUGGAAACGAUAAUGCAGAUGCAUGCGAAUAUUCUCCCGCUAGAGCUCAAGGUCCAAUAACUAUUGGGGCAACAAAUGCUGGAGACGCCAAGGCCUCGUUUUCCAACUGGGGCAAGUGCGUUGAUUUGUUUGCACCUGGAGAAGCCAUUGAAAGCACUUUUAUCUGGUCCGACUCGGCCGAGAUGUCUGGUACAUCGAUGGCUAGUCCCCAUGUUGCCGGUUUGCUUGCUUACUACUUGUCGUUGCAACCAGAACAGACUUCCGAGUACGCCGAGUUGGUUGAGCCUGCUACGUUGAAAAAGAGAUUGAUCAAGUAUGGUUCGAAGGGUGUUUUGACUGACUUGGAUAGAUUCACACCAAAUGUGUUGGCUUAUAAUGGAGCUGGUGGUAAUUUGACUGAUUUCUGGUCAAUUUGA